AUGACCGUCAUGGAUGCGACAAGGAGUACAGAAGACCAUGAGGCUGCUGUCCUCCGAGAGCUUAGUCCAACACCAUACGCAUGUUCUUCGAUCGAAAGGCUGAGCGGAGGGGUGAUGAAUACUACUUACAAAGGCCAUCUUCUGCGGCCGCUUUCCGAUGGCGCGACGACGAUUGUCAUCAAGAUCGGUGAGGAGGAGAGCGCCAUGUUACCCGGGAUGAAGUUCUCGACAGCAAGAUGCGUCGCAGAACAGGCCAUGCUACAACAUAUGGGAGACCAGCCCCAUGUCGUUGAUCCAGAGACGCAUAUCUCUGUGCGGUCCCCCAAUUUGUACCACUACUUCUCGAAGAGCAAUACGCAGGUUAUGGAGGAUAUUAAAGAUAGCCAAUCCCUUGAUGAUUUAUUGCAUUCUCCAGUCGCCGCGAAAAUGACCACGGCAACUGCGAAAGCUUUAGGGGAGAGUCUUGGCGUCUGGAUCUCAUACUUCCAUUCGACGUGUCAGAGCCGUAUCAACGCAGAACUCUCGGAGAUCAUCAGGCGCAAUAGUGAUGAUAUAGCCCAACGCGGGGAAAUGACCAAGCGUAAAGCUUUGGACACUGCGCACCUAACAGAGCCAGCCAGAUCAUAUACGCUGAAGGAGAUGGACGUCGGCUGCACACCAGAGGACAUUGUCCUUCACGGAGAUUUCACCAUAAGAAAUGUCCUAAUCAAGGAUUCAUGUCUUCAUAUCGUAGAUUGGGAAUUGUGUCGGUAUGGGGACCGCACCCAGGAUAUCUGUUCCAUGAUCUCUCAAUUGUACAUGUCCUUCCACUUCCAUAAACUAGAUGCCGCCAUGACGAUGCUGCAAGCGUUUCUCAGCAGAUAUAGUCCCAUGACUGAAGAGCUUGCUUACCGCAUUGUUCUUAUGACCGGAAUUUAUUUCUUCUGGGUAAGGCUUUAUAUCCCUGAACCAGAGGCGGACGUGGCGCAGCUUCUGCGACUUGCGGCAGACCUAAUUGUGAUGGGAGCCGAAAGAGAUCGCAAGAGAAUUGCUGAAACCUUCCUUGGUUGCUUAUUUACAAAUCUGUGA